GGCCUGAGACCCGCGCCAUGGCCGGGGCCAUCGCUUCCAGGAUGAGCUUCAGCUCGCUCAAGAGGAAGCAGCCCAAGACGUUCACCGUGCGGAUCGUCACCAUGGACGCGGAGAUGGAGUUCAAUUGCGAGAUGAAGUGGAAGGGGAAGGACCUGUUUGACCUGGUGUGCCGGACCCUGGGGCUUCGGGAAACCUGGUUCUUUGGCCUGCAGUACACAAUCAAGGACACGGUGGCCUGGCUCAAGAUGGACAAGAAGGUGCUGGAUCAUGAUGUUUCGAAGGAAGAGCCAGUCACCUUUCACUUCCUGGCCAAAUUUUAUCCCGAGAACGCCGAGGAGGAGCUGGUUCAGGAGAUCACACAACAUUUAUUCUUCUUGCAGGUAAAGAAGCAGAUUUUAGAUGAAAAGAUCUACUGCCCUCCCGAGGCUUCCGUGCUCCUGGCUUCUUACGCCGUCCAGGCCAAGUACGGUGACUACGACCCCUCUGUUCACAAGCGGGGAUUUUUGGCCCAAGAAGAACUGCUUCCAAAAAGGGUAAUCAAUCUGUAUCAGAUGACUCCAGAAAUGUGGGAGGAGAGAAUCACAGCCUGGUACGCAGAGCACCGAGGCCGAGCCAGGGACGAAGCUGAAAUGGAAUAUCUGAAGAUAGCUCAGGACCUGGAGAUGUACGGUGUGAACUACUUUACAAUCCGGAAUAAAAAGGGCACAGAGCUGCUGCUCGGAGUGGAUGCUUUGGGGCUUCAUAUCUAUGACCCUGAGAACAGGCUGACCCCCAAGAUCUCCUUCCCAUGGAAUGAAAUCCGAAACAUCUCAUACAGCGACAAGGAGUUUACUAUUAAGCCAUUGGAUAAGAAAAUUGAUGUCUUCAAAUUUAACUCCUCAAAGCUACGUGUUAAUAAGCUGAUUCUCCAGCUGUGCAUCGGGAACCACGACCUGUUUAUGAGGAGGAGGAAGGCCGAUUCUUUGGAAGUUCAGCAGAUGAAGGCCCAGGCCAGGGAGGAGAAGGCCAGGAAGCAGAUGGAGCGUCAGCGCCUGGCUCGAGAGAAGCAGAUGCGGGAGGAGGCCGAGCGCACAAGGGACGAGCUGGAGAGGAGGCUGCUUCAGAUGAAGGAAGAGGCGACGAUGGCCAACGAAGCCCUGAUGCGGUCCGAGGAGACAGCCGACCUGUUGGCUGAAAAGGCCCAGAUCACGGAGGAGGAGGCGAAGCUCCUGGCACAGAAGGCGGCAGAGGCUGAACAGGAGAUGCAGCGCAUCAAGGCCACGGCCAUCCGGACGGAGGAGGAGAAGCGCCUGAUGGAGCAGAAGGUGCUGGAGGCCGAGGUGCUGGCGCUGAAGAUGGCUGAGGAGUCGGAGAGGAGGGCCAAGGAGGCAGACCAGCUGAAGCAGGACCUGCAGGAAGCCCGCGAGGCAGAGCGAAGAGCCAAGCAGAAGCUCCUGGAAAUCACCACCAAGCCCACGUACCCGCCCAUGAACCCGCCCCCAGCCCCGCUGCCUCCCGACAUACCAAGCUUCAGCCUCAUUGGCGACAGCCUGUCUUUCGACUUCAAGGAUACUGACAUGAAGCGGCUUUCCAUGGAGAUAGAGAAAGAGAAAGUGGAGUAUAUGGAGAAGAGCAAGCACCUGCAGGAGCAGCUCAAUGAACUCAAGACAGAGAUCGAGGCCUUGAAACUCAAAGAGCGGGAGACGGCCUUGGACAUCCUGCACAACGAGAACUCUGACCGGGGCGGCACCAGCAGCAAACACAACACCAUCAAAAAGCCUCAAGCCCAAGGCAGAAGACCUAUCUGCAUUUGAGCCCUCAAAUACAGCAAGCCAGUAGCACAGGGGUCUGAUCUGCAGUCAGGCUACGCGGACCGUCUGUCUGCCAGCGCACAAACGGCGGCCUCUGCUGCAGCGUCUCGGAGCCUGGGGCGCAGUCGCGGUCAGCGUGAACUCACGUCGGGACAGCGCAGGCCGGGCGCCCAGCAGACGGGCAGUCCGUGUUUGUGGCGUGAAUUAAUUGCAUGAUUGCUGCUUUCCUUCUGCAGCAGUUCAUUAUUUUCCCAACAGGCCUAGGCAGUGGCAAGGAUUUAUGAUGCGCAAUAAUAAAACAACAUCCUGCCUCUGCUCCUCGCCCGAUCCCCAGGAGUACCCCCACCCGUGAGCCCCCCGACACCCGACAGUCACAUGACAUGUGUCCUUUGGUGUCCUCACCGUGCUUUCUGCUCCUAGAAUAAAAUAAGCCCAUUGGAAGCUCUGUACCCAGAAGUGCGACCUGGCAUAGGCUAGAUCCUAUCCGUGGUUGCUAUCCAAGCAACAGAGGUUCGCUAUUAAAGUCCCAGAUGGAUCUCAUUAUAAGAUGGAUUCGAUCUGUCAGUGGUCCCAGGAACCCAUGGCGUAAGCCACAUUUUGUGUGUGACACUUCUAUUUAGCGGGCUCCUGUGUCUUCAGCUUUCACACCACACGCCGGCAUCGAGCACCCCAGCACCAAGUGGCACGUGCUGUGUGCCAGGCAGGUGUGAGGGGCACGGAGCUGGGCGGGCCGGGGGGCGCGUCUGCUCAGGUGGUCACCUUGUGGUGUCCAGCAGACCCCGGGGCGGCUCCGCUGUGGCGUCCUGGGCCCCGUGGUGAGCACGGGCACGCAGAAGGCCCCUUUUGGUUCUGGUCUGUGCCAUGAGAUAGUCCCUGCACGUGACCUGCUGUUCUACCUGGACGUGAUUUCAUCUCUCUCCUUUCUGUAAUGAUUCAGAACGUCUAAAUUCUUCCGGGGCCUGGUUCUGACCCUCAGUCCUCACUGAGCUGUGAUUAUAGACGAAUGAGGUUUGAUUUGUAGUCAAACAUGCACUGCUCCUAGGACAUGCACAGAAGCCUUUAUUUAUUUAAUUUUUUUUAGUGCCUUGAUGUGAAGUUGUUUUCAAAGCAGGCUGCCAAGCUCCAGUUAAUCAAGAAUUCUGAUUAACCAAGGCUUAAUAAAAUGGAGUUGGCUCUUACAAUACAGCUGGACUUAUCUCGGCAUCACCAGAUUAAAUAGUGGUAGCUUCUGCUACACAUGAAGUUGGAUGCACUUUCCACUGUCUAGACUUUGGUGGUCCCUGUGGCCAGUGACCAAGCCUGAUGGCCAGCCACCUGCUGUGCUGGGGUGGCUCUGGCCUUGUGCCUGCCGUGGUCUGGGCUGAAUGAGCCUAGCAGACGAGAAAUACUACUGCGGGCUUUGAAGUGUGGGCACCUAGAAUGUCAAGGGCGCCACUCCAUCUAGAAAGCCCGGGAUGAGAAAUGCAGACUGGUGGUGAACUGGCGAGUUUCCAUUGCCCUAAAACGUGUCAUUAAUCUUGGUUCAAACCAGCCUGCACUGAUUUUUGUUUUGUUUUUCAUGUAUUUUGAUCAUGGAUUUCUUCUCGGGAAGACUGGUUCUCCCACCUCCCUGAGAUCCGGGUGUACUCCUCCCCCGCAUUGUCAGUUCUCCUGCCUCAGCCCAAGGCCUGUGUCUGACCUUGCCUCAGCAGGACCCUCUGGAGAUGAUGAGACUGAAGCUAAUUCUAAGGGUUUACCUGAGGGUGGCGGUUACCAUGUUCCCUUGGGAAUGCCGAGAGGCAGUCCAGUCUGCUCAGCGGAGUUGCUGCUGCUCCGCUACUUGCUUUCUCUAUAAUUCUCCUCUACCGAGGGACAGUGUCCUCACCCAUAAAAAGGGAGUAAAACAGUUUGUACCCGCCAGGACUGUUAUGAGGAGUCGAUGAGUUUACCGUAAGAACUCAGCAAGGGCUUAAAAUUAUAUAAAGAAACAAAUCUGCUUGUGAGCCUGGGCUGAGGGAGGCACCACACUUAGGUGCAUGACUCAAGACACAUGUAUGUACCCAGUAAGUGUUUUAGUGUCCAUGUGUUUGGAGGAAGAAACUUUUGAAAAACCAGAAUGAACUCCACUGUUUCUACUAUCCUAUUUGGAUUUGCAAGGGUGUAUGUUUCUCCUCCUACUAAUCUCAACGCCUCACAUUUCCAUUUUCUCCCAAUCGACAAUCAGUACAACUGGUUUGGCAUUUGCAUCUGAGUCGGAGGGGCACUAGUGAUCAAAAGCCGCCCUCGCCCUUGGAACGUAGCUUUGUGGUCGGCGGGGAGUGACCGUGACGUGUUCCUGGACUCUGGGUCUUGUGAACGAGGGCGUGGAGUCCGGCAGUGACGCUGGGGGAGGGCGACACAGUGUCUUGGGCUUGAGCCUCUUGCCCUCAGAGCCACCGCGCUGAUGAGGUGGGUGGUGGCCAGGUGUGAUUUAGCUGGGCAGUACACUCCGGAGGUGACAACACGGUCGCACCCUUCAUCCCCUCUCAAGGGACAGUUUCACUUCCCAAUCCUGGGCUGGUCUGAGCACCAGCAAACUUGUCAUCAUUUUUUGUGCCCGCGGUCUCUGAAGAAGCACAGGAUUUCAAAGGCAAUCGACAGAUGAGAAAUCCUGGGUGUCACAGAGCUUACAAAGCUUAUUGUAUUCGUAAAUGGUGUGAACCAUCGAGGUCCAGCUGUGGUUUCCGCUAGUGGAGACGCAGGAAUGAGGAGCUUCGACAUUUCGCUGAGGCUCCAGCCGCCUCUCUCAGAUCAGGAAGACAUAAAAGUCCAAUGUCAUCUUCAAUUUGCGUGGACUCCCUUUGGGGAGGCAGGGCUGGCCGCGUCUAGUGGAGCACUUAAAGCACCAGGGAGGUGAUAAAUCACAGGGCGGGGGUGAAUAUGCAUGAAAGGCAUCUCCCACAGUUAAAGCAACCGGGCAGGCCUCCCCUCGUGACCCCCUGGGCAUCGCCUGCCCGGACAGGGGCAGCUCCACAGGCUGCGCUGCCCGUGUGGUUAAUGUGUUCAGCGCCCCCCAGACCCCGCUCACAGACCCACGAGGCUCUGCCUGCUUCGGACACCCCGCGUAGUCUGGUAGAGGCUCCUCUGCCCUGGCACCCUGGCUCCAGAACCUUCCCUAUGCGAGCAC